GCCGGCGGCCCCCCACGGCCGGCACACGCUCCGUGUCGCGGAAGCGCCGCUGAAAGCUGUUGCGCAGCCAUUGGUACCUGUAUUGGGGAAACAUAGCAUACAAGCAAGAAGCUUACAGCCUCAGUGGCGAAAAUUUUUUCAUGUCAGAGACCGAGAACUCUUGCAGUCGUUUAUGUCAUCCCUUCUUCUCCAGACAGAAGAUACCAAAAAGUUGCAAUCAAAGAUCUCUUCAUCUUAUUGAUAAAGCCACUAAUAAGCCAAAAUGUCUGUCAACGUCAACCGCAGCGUUUCAGACCAGUUCUAUCGCUACAAGAUGCCCCGUCUGAUUGCGAAGGUGGAGGGCAAAGGAAAUGGAAUCAAGACAGUUAUAGUCAACAUGGUUGACGUUGCAAAGGCGCUUAAUCGGCCUCCAACGUAUCCCACCAAAUAUUUUGGUUGUGAGCUGGGAGCACAGACCCAGUUUGAUGUUAAGAAUGACCGUUACAUUGUCAAUGGAUCUCAUGAGGCGAGUAAGCUGCAAGACAUGUUGGAUGGAUUCAUUAAAAAGUUCGUUCUCUGUCCUGAGUGUGAGAAUCCGGAAACAGAACUGCAUGUCAAUCCAAAGAAGCAAACAAUAGGUCAUUCUUGUAAAGCCUGUGGCUAUCGAGGCAUGCUUGACACACAUCAUAAACUCUGCACGUUCAUUCUCAAAAACCCACCUGAGAAUAGUGACAAUAGUACUGGAAAGAAAGAAAAAGAAAAGAAAAACAGAAAGGGCAAAGACAAGGAAAAUGGCUCUGUAUCCAGCAGUGAGACGCCACCACCGCCACCACCACCAAAUGAAAUCAGUCCUCCUCCACAUGCUGUGGAAGAGGAGGAGGAUGAUGAUUGGGGGGAGGAUACAACUGAGGAAGCUCAAAGGCGCAGAAUGGAUGAAAUCAGUGACCAUGCAAAAGUUUUGACACUUAGUGAUGAUUUGGAAAGAACUGUUGAAGAGCGGGUCAAUAUCCUGUUUGAUUUUGUUAAGAAGAAGAAAGAAGAGGGUAUUAUUGACGCAUGUGACAAAGAAAUUGUUGCUGAAGCAGAAAGACUGGAUGUAAAAGCCAUGGGUCCUCUUGUUCUAACCGAAGUUCUUUUUAAUGAGAAGAUAAGAGAACAAAUUAAAAAAUACAGGCGCCAUUUUCUACGAUUUUGUCACAACAACAAAAAAGCUCAGCGGUACCUUCUUCAUGGUUUGGAGUGUGUGGUAGCAAUGCAUCAAGCUCAGCUCAUCUCCAAGAUUCCACAUAUAUUGAAGGAGAUGUAUGACGCAGACCUUUUAGAAGAGGAGGUCAUCAUCAGCUGGUCGGAAAAGGCCUCUAAGAAAUAUGUCUCAAAAGAACUUGCCAAAGAGAUUCGUGUCAAAGCAGAACCAUUUAUAAAAUGGCUGAAGGAGGCAGAGGAAGAAUCUUCUGGUGGUGAAGAUGAUGAUGAGGAUGAGAACAUUGAGGUGGUGUAUUCGAAGACUGCCAGUGUACCAAAAGUUGAAACUGUGAAGUCUGACAAUAAGGAUGAUGACAUUGAUAUUGAUGCCAUUUAAAGGGUGCAACCUAGCUUACCAGUGUAAUGCUGCAAAUUUUUCUUCAUUAUCAGCCAGAAGUGCAACAUGAAUGUGCGAAAGCUAAAAUAGCUUAACAUCAUGCUACACUUUGUACUAAAAAUUUAUUGCUGUGAGUGGUCUGUAUGUAAUUAAGCCCAACGAGACAUCUAGGGGAGUCCAUACACACAUCAGUGAACAGAUAAUAGUUUGCUUAUUUAUAGCAUGUUUUCUUUUUGAAAAACUAGUGGUGGACACAUUUGGAUCACAUUUAUACAGUUAGUUAUAAAAAUAAAGAUUUGAUUUUUUUGGUCAAUCUUCAGAUUUUUGGCUGUGAAUGACUUAAGCUGAAGUAAUUGGCUCCCUUUUAAAAUGUUGCACCAUCAUUUAACUUGAUAGGAUUCUUGGAGCCUAUUCAAUAUUGUUAAGUGCCGAGACUGUAAAGCAAUCUUCAGCAGGAUGUAAACAAAUUUAUUUGUAAUAACCAUAUUCAGCCAUGGAGAAAUAUAAUAUGUCUUGAGUUUUAUCUCUAGUCCCUCAAAUUGGCAUCUGGUAAUUUGUCUUCCCGUGUGAGGUAGACUGAUAAUCAGAUUGAGAAGUAAAAACGACCUGAGUGUCCUAUAAAUAACUUUUAAGAGCAGGUUUUGAAACAUGGAAUUGUUUUUUCAGUUCUACACUUGCCGAAAAUUAUAGUCUUUGAAAUUGUGUUCAUUGCAUAUUGUAUCAGGGAAAUUAUUACAUUAACAAGCAUUUUAUGUGUAUGUAGUGGUUGCUUUGUACUGGGAGGAAACUCAAACUUCGGGGUGUGAUUAAAUAGUAAACUGAUUUUAUUUGGGGGAAACAGAAAAAGGUGCACUUAAUCUCUAGCAAAAACUGAGCAUAGUUUUUCAGUUUUUACCCUAUGGUUUAAAUUACAGUUUCAAGAUGUUUAGAUAUAUUUUCUGUUCACUGUGGUUUUUACCCCCGGUACAAUUUGUUCUUUUAAUGCCUUUUACAUUUGGACAGAAAGCUUAUGCUUUUUAGAUUUUGGUUGCUAUCUUGCCAAAAUAAGUGUUAACUAAUGUUUCAAACUUGAUUUUUUUUCCCAUAAUGUCUUAUUUAUAAAAAAACAAAACUAAAAGCAUAUUUCUAAGUCGGAACCUAAAAUUUGGUAUAAGAGUUGGGGUAUUUUUACUUUACACUGAAUAUUUCCAGAUACCCAAGAAAUCUGUGGUGAUGGCCACUGAGUUCACAGGACUAGGGCCUGGCCCAGCCAGUCUAUGUAAAAGUCAAUUUUUCUUUUGAAUUCCUUGCCCAAUUAACUUUUCUAGAACUUGAUUUUGCUUCUGACUGUAUUUGAGUAAUCUUCAAGGUAAAAACAUGUUGCAUUUAUUCUUUUCCACAAAAAGUGCACAGUGGGAAUAUGGAUUCCCACUCAUACAUUGAGACCUUAAUAAUGUGUAUAAAAAUUUUUCACAUUGAAAUUAUAGACAUUUGAUAAAAUAAAAACCUUGUUAACUUGAUAUUCUAAGGAAUUGAAACCUAGCAAUCUUAUUGGGGAAAUAAGAAUUGGUCUCCAGCUGUCUUGAUAGAUUCUGUUAAGAGGAGAGCAGGAGGCCAUAUAGCUGGAGGGAAUGUGCUUUGUCACACCAAAGAGAAUAGAAAGUUUUUGCAACAUGUUUCUUAGGUUUCAGUUUCACUGCUGCAAGGCCAACUUGCUUUCAUUAACUGAAAUUCUGUAGGACUUACUGGUGGCCUAAGCUAAAUUGCACUCAGCAUACCCGUUGUCAGGCUAAUGAGGUUCUGUUAUAGAACUUUUACUCUGAAGGAAAACAUGUUCAGGGCUUCUAAACACUAAGAAAAUUUUGGCUUAGACCAGUGUUCAGUCUGGUGCCAAACUUUCAGUGGAAUUCAAAUUCAUGUAAUCUGAAUUUUAUUCACAGAAGUUAUGCUAAUAGAGUAAUUCUUCACUUUUGCUCUAUUGAAAUGUCUUAAGAUUUUUUUGUUUCAAAUAGCUACAUUACUUGAUUAAAACAAUGUUAAAAUUA